CCCGCCCGGGCGGGGGAGGGGCGGCCCUCCGAGGCCCCUAGGACCCCGGGGACGCCCGGCCGGCCGCUCGACGGCCCGGAACGGGCACCCAGGCCGGGCGCCCGGCCGCCGCGCAUGGACCCGGGGCAGGCCGAACGCCGCGGGGCCGCCGGGGCCGCCCCGCCGCCGUUCGUGCGCGUCGCCCCCGCGCUCUUCCUCGGGAGCGCGCGCGCCGCGGCCGCGCCCGACCUGCUGGCGCGCGCGGGCGUCACCCUGUGCGUCAACGUCUCGCGCCGGCAGCCCGGCCCGCGCGCGCCCGGCGUGGCCGCGCUGCGCGUGCCCGUGUCCGACCGCCCGACUGAGGACCUGCUGGCGCACCUGGAGCCCACCUGCGCCGCCAUGGAGGCCGCGGCGCGCGCCGGCGGCGCCUGCCUCGUCUACUGCAAGAACGGCCGCAGCCGCUCGGCCGCCGUCUGCACCGCCUACCUCAUGCGCCACCGCGGCCUCGACUUGCGGCGCGCCUUCCAGAUCGUGAAGAGCGCCCGCCCCGUGGCCGAUCCCAACCCGGGCUUCUGGUCCCAGCUCCAGAAGUACGAGGAGGCCCUGCAGUCGCAGUCCCGCCUGCCCGGGGAGCCCUCGGGUCCGAGUGAGCCCCAAUCGGUCAGCCCUUGAGGACGACCCAGCCCCAAAGCAGGGCUCUUGGAGUUCUCUGCAGCCUCGGGUGCGAAGGGGUACUUCAUACACAGACGGGAGAAUGGGCUGUCCUCUCCUGCCCCACGUGCCACGGAGUUUUCAUUUUUUGCAGCUUCCUGAAGGGUCUGUGUCCGCUCUUGACGGUAGUGCAGGAGUGUGUCCACCGAGGAGAGAACGGGAACCGUUCCUCCCCUGGUCAGCAGGUUUAUUAGAGAGGGCUUGGUCAGGAACAUCAAAACCACUCGAGGAAUUUUAGCCAGAAAGACGUUUACUACAGAGAGAUGGAGGCCAGGGAGCCAAGGUCAGCAGAUGGGGAAGCAGAGGAGCCACAGACACCCACCACCCUGAUCCUGGCUGCCUUCCCCUCUGCUGCAGGCGACGCUGGGAGGACACCCCAGGGCUGCUGGCAGAACCUCGUGCCUGCCACCUGCUCAAGCCACAGUGGCUUUCCCAGACCUCACACUGGUCCCAUGACAGAGCCCAACAUGGGAUCCAGCUGGCAAGGGCCCAGUUUCCAGACUUGUAGCUGCUGUGACACACAGGUGAGGGUUGAAGGCUGUGUGACGAACCACCCAUCAUGGGCACCCUCGGGCUCUCAGCAUCCGUACCCACCUCCUACCUUUCUGACCUCCCAGUUUCAGCAACAACUUGAGCCCCGGCCUGACAUCCUGCAGCCAAGGUCAUGCCAACAAUGCACUGACCACCCGUGUGUCUGCGCUUGUUGAUUCCUCUUCUGGUUCAGAGGCACCUCACCUGGACAAGCCAAGGCCUAAGGACUAUACUAGAAAACCCAUCACCAUCAACACUCCUUGAAUAAGAUAGUGGGGAAAGAGUAAAGGAAAAACUGGGUAAUACAUAUGAGUUACAGAUACUUUAGUCCCUGGUUAAUAUACAAAUAUUUGCAUAACAAGGUAAUGAAUAAGAUACUGUAGUUACUGUUUUUCAUUUCCCUUGACCCUCAGCCAGUGCCUCAGGUCCUGGUCUUUCCUGGUGGGGUGACUGGAGUCUUCAUCUUGAAGAGCCCUGAGUGGUCCUGCCUGCAUUGGUGCUGUGGGCCAUGACCUCUCCCGUACAACCAGGGAGUACUGGGAGGCAUCAGGAGAAUGCCCUGAGUUCCAGCAUACUCCUGGCCUCUCUGAGCGGCAGCAAAGCCCUGAUGCCCCUUGAAAGUCAGGAUCUGGCAAUUCCCUGGCGGUCCAGUGGUUAGGUCUCAGUACUUUCACUGCUGGGGCCUGGGUUCAAUCUCUGGUCGGGGAUCUAAGAUCCUGCAAGCCAUGCACCACAGCCAAAACAAAACAAAACAAAGCAAAGCAAAAGAGUCAGGACCAGUCACCCCACCCAGCAGAGCAACUCCUGAUUGGAGGCUUUAGGAGCCCCAAAUGUCUAAGUGGUGUCUCAGCCUCCUCUCCAGGUGUGUCCCCAGAUGGAAGCAUCCUACCUGCAGAUGAAGACCUCUGACCCAGCAGAUCCCAAAGUUGUAGGGAUGGGAGGCUCACACUCUGUGAGUGAAGCCCUGGGGUGGUUGUAAAAAGGGCCUCCUCCUCCCCAACCCUCCUGCACCUGGGUUUCCAGCUGUGAUGGUCCCUGGCUCAGAGCAUAACACCCUGUGGGUUAGCACCCGGCCCUAUGCGAUGUCACCGGUCAGCCCCUAUCUCCAAGAGCCACAGCCUGAGUCAUAACCUGCCUGCAGCUCGUGGUGGCUAACCUGACUUUUACACCUUUGUGGGGGCCUUGGCUGCUGCUGGCCUCUCCCCACAGGCCCCUCAUAGCUCAUGUCACUUUCCCAUCAACCCCAUAAACAAGUUCCUGCCGUUGUCUCCACGUGCAGGUGAGGCUCCAGUGGCUCUGCCCGUAACUUCAGGUGAGCUGAGUGGUUUGGCCAGCUAGCAGGUCAGAAGCCAGGACCUGAGCCCAGAUUUUUACCCUGUAUGCUCACGACACCUUUGCUGGCACACCCCUCAUCUGCUAACCUUGCCCUAGGUGACAAGUGUGCCAGGCUGAAGGACACCUAUGGGUCACAUAAGCCUUUUGUCCCACCAGCUCCACUCUGAGAACCACCCAACUUUGGCUGUCACCAGAGGCCCAGGUAUCCCUAGGACCUCUGUCCAGGGACAACACAGCCCCCACCUGAAUGCCAAAGGCUCCCUGGAAGCCUUCCCACCUCCGUGUCCACCCACUGGCCGAGGAUCCAUUCCCCUCCCAGUGCCAGCGCACUUGAAUAGGGGUACCUAGUCCGUGUACAUCAGGGGAAGGCUGGGGUGCAGGCAGCAUCAGCCCAUCCAAGCCAGCCAGGAUCUGAGCAUCAAAAGGCUGGUGUAUGAACAUUCCUAUGGGAGAAACCCCAGCCUCUGGCAGUCCCGACUUUCAGGUUCCUGUCCUCUAGGUAGAUCGGGGCAGGGUGAGAGGAGGACUACACUACAGCCACCCUGGACAUCUGUCAGCAAGGCAGUGCCCUCCCCCAACACUGAAGGCACUGUCAACAGAGACAGGGUGGAGAGUGGAGAUGACCACCAUGGCCUUCACAGUUCACAAAUGCCUUGGUGGGCUGGCUUUAAUACUGUAAAACAGAUCUAUUUGCUCUUUUAA